GCCUCUGCCACGAGUCGGCAUCAUGUAAGUCCACGUCGACGGAUGUCUGAGAACCACCUGCUCCAUUACCCCAUAAAAACCCAAAAAUAUCUCCAUCUUCUCUCCCUUCUCGUGUACAAAAUUUCUCGAUUUUUCCGCGUCAAUAAUUAGUAUAUCAUUUUUGUCGGAAUAUUCCGGUGGUGGAUACGGUGCGCCGGCGGUGGGCUGCUAUCUUGCGCUUGGCAAUGGCAGAGGAGAGGUAUAACCGGAGGAACCCGGCGGUGAAGCGGAUCCUCCAGGAGCUGAAGGAGAUGCAGUCCAAUCCGUCCGACGACUUCAUGAGCCUCCCCCUUGAGGAAAAUAUAUUUGAGUGGCAAUUUGCAAUCCGGGGCCCUCGUGAUACUGAGUUUGAGGGAGGAAUCUAUCAUGGGAGGAUCCAAUUGCCUGCGGAGUACCCUUUUAAGCCCCCUGCCUUUAUGAUGCUGACUCCAAAUGGUCGUUUUGAGACACAAACAAAGAUAUGCUUAAGCAUUUCAAAUCAUCAUCCUGAGCAUUGGCAACCAUCAUGGAGUGUGCGCACAGCACUAGUAGCCCUGAUUGCAUUUAUGCCAACCAACCCAGAUGGAGCACUUGGCUCACUAGACUACAAGAAGGAAGUAAGGCGUGAUCUUGCCAUCAAGUCACGCGAAGCUGCCCCAAAAUAUGGCAGCCCAGAGCGACAAAUAUUAAUUGACGAGAUUCACCAAUGCAUGCUUAGUAGAGCGCCCCCCGUGCCUCAACUUGCUCCAGUCCAAACCAUCGAUGAACGCAAAAAGAAUGCAAGCAAUGAACAACAAAUUAGUCCAAAUUCCAACACUGUUGCUGCCACUGAAGACCAUCCAAACCCAGAAAUGGAGCGGCGGGUUGUGGAAGAUGUGCCUGGGGUCCACGUGGAUGCAGCUGCAGGUCGUCUGAGAGUCAGCUUCAGUGCUGGAGUGAGCUUGUCGACGACACCACAAGUGGAAGCUAGCGAGCAACCUGAGAAUCCUGUGGCUAGAGCUCAGAAGCCAAUGGAUGACCGCCUGCUCACUUGGGUGGCCCUUGGGUUAACUGUUGCUAUCGUAGCCCUUCUUGUGAAGAAAUUUCUGAAGUCCAGUGGGUCUGCUGGCUUUGUGGAUGGGCUGUAAAUUGCGAGAUAAGACAUUCGGGGUGGAAUUUAUGGUCAUGCUGGAUCAAGUGAUCGAAAUAGUAUGCUCGUUGAUUUUCAGAGAAAUGUAUAUGCUUGUCUACAGCCAUAAACUGUGUGCAGUGUAUUAUUGACAGUCAAAUAAGUUUUGCUAAUAAGAUACCUUAUAUUGUUGUACCAUCUUAA